ACAUCAAUGCGAACACCUCCUCCUGCUCUUUGACGGGCCAAUGAGCGAAGGGUGCCGGGAAAUACAGCAGAGGAACGACGCCAGCGCCUUGUAAGAAUGACGGAAAAAUUUUGUGAGUGUUUGUAAAGUGUCUCCAGAGCAGAAAAUUUAAAAAAAAACAAAAAACUACAAGACAUCACCGGUGACGCCUGGACAAUGUUUUUGAACCACUGAUUUCUUUGGAGGCAUCUUUCCUUUUAUUCGUGUCUUCUCAGCUUUGACUCCAGGGACGCUGCACCUCAUCUCCUCUGGCAAUGAAGUUCAAUCUAUUCAGGAGGCCACAGCCGGUGGCCCCUGCCGAGCCCACCGGAGUCACCACCACGGCUAGUAUGGCUCCCUCCCCAGCUGCCAUCUCCACGGUGGCCGAAAGCUCUGGCAACAACACGGAAAUCAGCAAGAAUGACAUGUUUGAGGAGAUCAAGAGCAAGUUCUUGAAUGAAAUUGACAAAAUCCCAUUGCCCCCGUGGGCUCUGAUCGCCAUCGCAGUGGUGGCCGCUUUGCUGGUGCUCACCUGCUGCUUCUGCAUCAUCAAAAAGUGCUGCUGCAAGAAGAAGAAGAACAAGAAAGGCAAGAAGGGCAAAGAUGGUUUCAACAUGAAGAACAUGGAGGGCGGUGAGAAACCACAGGACGAUGACGAUGAUGAGGGAGAGACUGGGCUCACGGAAGAGGAGAAGGAGGAAGAGGAGAAGGAGCAAGAGAAGCUGGGCAAACUCCAAUAUUCCAUUGACUACGACUUUGAAAACACAAAGCUCACUGUCGGCAUCCUUCAAGCGGCGGACCUCAUGUCCAUGGAUUCGGGCGGGACUUCUGAUCCGUACGUUCGAGUCCUUCUUCUACCUGACAAGAAGAAGAAGUUUGACACCAAAGUCCACAAGAAAACGCUCAACCCCGUCUUCAAUGAGACUUUUGUCUUUAAGGUGCCCUACGAAGAGCUCGGUGGCAAAACUCUGGUGAUGUCCGUUUUCGACUACGACCGCUUCUCCAAGCACGAUGUCAUCGGUGAGGUGAAGCUGCCCAUGAACACCAUCGACCUCGGGCGGCCCAUUGAAGAAUGGCGGGACCUGGAGAGCGCCGAUCAAGAGGAGCCUGAGAAACUCGGGGACAUCUGCAUCUCCCUGCGCUACGUGCCCACUGCCGGGAAGCUUACCGUCUGCAUCCUGGAGGCCAAGAACUUGAAAAAGAUGGAUGCCUGUGGAUUAUCCGACCCAUACGUGAAGAUUCAGCUGCUGCAGGGUGGUAAACGUCUGAAGAAGAAGAAAACAACGGUGAAGAAGAACACCCUCAACCCAUACUACAAUGAAUCAUUCAGCUUUGAAAUUCCACUGGAACAGAUGCAGAAAAUCCUUGUGGCUGUCACGGUGUUUGACUACGACAAGAUCGGCAAGAACGAUGCCAUCGGGAAGAUCUUUGUGGGCAGUAAGGCCACCGGGCUGGGUCUCAAGCACUGGUCCGACAUGCUGGCUAACCCGCGGCGCCCCAUCGCCCAAUGGCAUGCGUUGCAACCAGAGGAGGACAUCGACGGUCAGCUGGCCUCCUUAGCGGCCAAGAAGUAACCAGCAAAGCCCCUAACCAUUGAACCCUUCAUUCAAUUCCUGAAACUUUGCAUGACUUAUCCCGACUUGUCAUGAAACCUGCUCAGCAAAAACUCAGUAGACUAGAUUCCAUUGAGGUUUCAAGGCAUCCCAUUUUACAUAUUAGUGUCUGCUUCUCGAGUGACUUGACUGGACUUUGUUUCAUGUCAAGAUACUUCUAGACUGAAGUCUGAGUUGGAUUGAAGUUUGGGUUUAGUUUGUAGAGCAUGCUUUUGCCCACCUGCCCACGGCUUUGCACACCAAAAGUAUCCUGGCAUCAACUUGCAAAUAGGAAGAAUAGAAGGGUUUUAGGUUCUGCACUAGAAUUGUGCUGUUCGUGUCACCAAGGUGGCUUGCCCGUCUAUGCAUAUGGAAUGAAUGGAGGAUGGUUUGAGAUCUGUCUUCAGACUUAAGUGAACAUGACUGAGAAAUAGGCAAGGACGCUGAUCUUGUGACAACUGAAACGACCGCAUGGAUGUGAAACCACACUCUCCUUAAACCGAGCAUAAAGUGAAUGAGUCAUGACAGUUUUAAAGAUUUUUUUUUUUUUUUAAUAUUUGGAUUUCAGUUGGUAUCAGACGGUAAGGGAUUGGAUUUGGCAGCUAUGUCUGAAAAUUGGUUGUGAGCGAUUUCCCAAUCUUUGAUUUUACAGCACACACAAAUGUUGCUAAAAAUGUGUUGUAUCUGGAUUUACACUGCAUGGGUCAAGUGACACGACCUUAUUUAUUUAUUUUUUGCUCCCUUUUGACAAAAUAUGGAUAUUUGUCAGGGAAAAAAAUGGAUUUGGAUUUCUUAGAUAAGAACCAAUCUGGAGAUAAAUCAGACACAAUUUGGAUAUCUGCCAAUGCAGGAGGAGUGUAUC